AUGGAAGAACCAGUGCAGGAUAAAUUGACAUCUUUGUGCAAUACGCCGAAGGAUUCUGGGACAGCAGCUCCACAGGGGACUAGUUCAGGGAAACAGCCAAUGAGUGCAGCUCUGAGGGAGCGAUUAAAGAAAACAAGACGGUCGUUUAAUGCUAAUUUUACAGUGGCAAAGCGGCUCAAAAUAGACGCUGAAGAAAAAGACACUGCGGAUGCUGACACAGGGGGCCCACCAAAGACAAGUACAGAUCGUUCCAGAUUACCAGAGGGUUCUGAAAGCCUGGAAAGAAAUGGCACUGCACAUACAUGUUUCGAAAGCCCCUUACAGGAAAGCGAUCUCCCUGGAUUGGGAGAGAAUUCUCGUGUGCUACAGGCUGAUCUUAGUCAGCAGUGGGCCCUGGAAGAAAAAGUAAGGCUGGUGAAACAAGUGCAAGAGAAGGAAGAACUGCUUCGAAGGCUCAAACUGGUUAAGAUGUACAGAUCUAAGAACAACCUGUCGGAACUGCAGGCUCUGAUAGCGAAAUGGAGAAGUCGUACCCAGCUGAUGCUGUACGAACUACAGUCAGCCUUUUCUGCAGAUGGCAAGAAAGCGAGUCUCACGCAGCUGAUGGAUACUUUUGGAUUAGAAGACGAGUUAUUGCACUACAGCAGAACAGAAGAAGAUUUUGUAGAUGUGUAA